AUGUCCUUGCGAUUACUCGCUUGGUUAGCGACUGCCCCUUUGCUCACGACCUCCGACAGCUGGUGCCAUGUCGUCCAAUGGCAACAAGGCCAAGGAGAAGAGCCAAUCUUCGAAGACCGAGCUCAAGGGGAACAAGGACGCCAAAUUCGAUUGGUCGCGGACUUGCGGACCAGACCCGAGGGAUCCGAGAUGCAGCGGAGCCCGUGCGCUCGGUGCAAGCUGAGGCCCAGCUACACCCCGUCAUGGGGUGCGCAUGCCCUCACCCGCAAACCGGGUGCACUCCCUGCGGACGUGGAGAAGCAGGUCGACGAGCUGCAGGAGAACGCGGCCUACAGGCUGAAGCUUCGGGACAAGGACAUCGGUUUGGACGGAGCCGAGAAGAGCUGCCUCAACCAACUCGAGAAGAUCAAGGCGCAGAAAGCGGCCUACAACAAGGACAAGCCGGCAGCUGCUCCACAGACCGAGGGCCCUAUCAUGCAAUGCUACCAGGCCGCAAAGGCGACGAAGCUGAGGCGACCGAGAAGGCCGAGGAGAACUAUAACCAUGGACUAUGAACUCAUCCCGGAGAAUGAGGCCAUCCAGGACUUUGACAACAACGAGCCCCACAAGCCCGAGGAGAACUAUCUCGUGAAGAACCUGGACAACACCUUGACCAAGCACUUGGUGAACUAUGUCCAGGAGUACUUUGAUGACAUGGAAGAGGAGAUCUUUGCUUGUGGUGGCAUGCGAGAAGAUGAUCGACUUGAUCUAUACUGGAACUUUGCUGCGAGGGAGAAGGUUCAGAAGAUCAUUGAUGAGAAGAAACCACGUUGGGUUUGGGUUUCUUAUCCCUGCGGACCUACAAGCCACAUCCAGCACUUGAAUGAGAUCAGUGAGGAGGGCUGGUGGCAAAGUAUGAGACGAAAACAACGAGCACGAAGGUUGGUGAAACAUGGCAAUGAGAUCCUCCUCAAGUACAUCCAGAAUGGUGGCAAAUUGGUGUGGGAAUGGCCUCGCUACAACGAAGGGUGGCAUCUUCCUGAGGUGCGUUCGUUCUGGGCACAGAUUGCUCACAUCGACCACAACCUGGACGGCUGCAUGUUCAACCUACGUGCGCAAGAUGGCAACUACCACAAGAAACCCUGGACUUUGAGAAGUAACAGAUUUGGAGUCUUCAGCAAGAUGGAGCGACUUUGUGAUGGAAGCCACAAACACUCUCCAACAAUGGGUGGAACUGUGGCGAAGAAGUCAGGGCUCUACACACCACAGAUGUGCUCUUUGGCAGCCCGAUGUAUGAAGGCCUACUACUUGGAGGACUACAACAUCUACGGCUUGGACUCUGUGAAGAUUGACCGGGAGUCGCUGAAGACGAUGACCUAUCAGGAGAUCGAGCGCCUCUCGCUCACGGUCCUCAAACUACAUCGUCGAUGUGGACAUCCUGGAAACAGAGCGCUGGUGAAGAUCCUUGCUGCUCGCAACGCCGACCCUAAGAUGCUGGCGAUUGCGGAGAACUUGCAGUGCGACGAAUGUCAAGAAGGACAGUUCAGCAAGCCCUCUGUAGCUGUUGCUUUGGAGAAGGAGCAGAAAAUCUGGAACACGCUACAGAUGGACACCUUCUACUUCAAGCACGACUCCAAUGUCUACCACUACCUGGUCAUGCUCGACGAGGCGAGUGGGUUCUCCAUCACUGCCGAGAUCUUGGUCCAUGUGGAGGAGAUUCAUGCCAACGUGGACACCCAGAGCGGGAUUGAAGCUCUGGAAGGAUCAUGGUUCCAAUACUUUGGACAUCCUCAACGCAUUCGAUGCGACCUUGAGGGUGCCUUCAGAGGACGAGAGUUGGAGGCCUACUGCGCAGAGCGUGGCACUGAACUACUUCAAGUACCAGCAGCACAUCAUCAGGCCACGGGAGAUGUGGAGCGCAUGGUUGGAGAACUACGUCACAAGAUUGAGUUGUUCCUGAGAAGCGAGGAUGUGCCUCCCCGAAGAGCCGUCUACGCCAUGACCACUGCUCACAACCACAUGGCAAGGAUAGGUGGAUUUGCACCUUCCCAAUGGGCUUUCGGAAGGCAGAUGGACAACUUGGACAACAUUGCAGUGCACUCUUCUGAAGGAGCCAGUGGACAUGCAAUGGCUGAGAAUCUCCAACUACGACUACGUGCCGAGAAGCGCUACUUGGAGCUCCAGGCCAACGCCAAGAUUAUGGCCGAAUUUACACUUUACAGUUACACUGUGUAUGGCCCCCGAGAAGGUGAUUGCAAGAUCCUUCACAAAGAUUAUGGCCGAAUUUUGGUUUGA